CCGGCACUGAACUGUCCGCUAUCCGCUGCAUCACGUCCAGGAUCCUUUUUCUGCUCUUUUCAGCUGAAGUGGAAUAAAAUCAGACUCACAUCCAGACAGAAACUCCUGCUCGUGAGCUGAAGUCCAGACUGUGAUGUGACAGAGAGAGACGGUCCUUCUUCCAUCUAUCUCUCCACAUCAGUGCAGAUCAGUCAGAGAGAUGGCGGCCAUCUUUGCUGCGGCCCUCCAAGCGGCAGGACGGGUGAAGUCUCUUCAGAUGCUGAUGGUGUGUCUCCUCCUCAUGCUGCUGCAGUCUACAGAGUCCAGUUCUGCUCCCGAAGCCAAAACCUGGAGCCAGAAGGGGCCGCGGCUGCAGCUCUCUCAGUCAGCAGCCAGCAGACCGACUGACUGUGCUAACUUCGUGCGGCUGCUGCAACCUUUCAAUAAGACUCAUGUUUAUGCUUGUGGCACUGGCGCCUACCAUCCUCAGUGCACCUACCUGCAGCUAGGGACACAACACCGAGGUACAGACGAGCCGUUGUUCAUGUUGUCUCACGUAGUCGAGUCUGGAAGAGGAAAAUGUCCCUUCAGUCCCAAAGAGCCGUUCACUGCUCGACUUACUGAUGGUGAACUCUAUGCUGGCACCUCAGUAGAUUUUAUGGGAGCCAACGCUGCAAUCUUCCGUACAUCAGUUCAUGGAAACAGUCAACAUUACAUCCGCACUGAAGCCUACGACCACAACUGGCUCAACGAGCCGGAGUUCGUGGGCUCCUUCUCCAUCCCAGACACUCACAGUCCAGACGACGACAAGGUCUACUUCUUCUUCAAGGAGCGAGCGGUGGAGGCCGGGCAGUGGGACAAGAGGGUGUACAGCCGGGUGGCUCGAGUCUGCAAGAAUGACGUAGGAGGAAAGAGGAGUCUGAUCAACCGUUGGACCACCUUCCUUAAAGCCCGUCUGGUGUGUUCUGUCCCCGGUCCGUCUGGAGUCGACACGCAGUUCGAUGAGCUGGAGGACAUCUUUGUUCUGGAGACCAAAGACCUUCAAAACCCGACAAUCUACGGUGUCUUCAGCACCUCCAGCUCCAUAUUUCGUGGUUCAGCGGUGUGCGUGUACUCCAUGGCGUCCAUCCGUGCUGCUUUUAACGGGCCGUUUGCCCAUAAAGAAGGACCCGACUAUCGCUGGGUGGAGUACAAAGGCCGCAUCCCCUACCCAAGACCUGGAACUUGUCCCAGUGAGACUUACGACGCUCUCCACAAGUCCACCAAGGACUUCCCCGACGAGGUGGUGAGCUUCAUGAGGCAGCACCAGCUGAUGUGGGAGCCCGUCCUGCCUCUGGGGGGCCGACCCAUCUUAACCCGGGUCAACUCACCCUACAUGUUCAAGAAGGUCGUAGUGGACAGAGUGGACGCUGAGGAAGGACCUUACGAUGUCUUACACCUCGGCACCGAUGAUGGAAAGGUGGUGAAGGCAGUCUCGGUGAUAAAAGACAACUGGGACACUGAAGAAAUCAUAUUGGAGGAGCUUACUGUCUUCCAGAGUCCGUCUCCAAUCUUGACCAUGGAGCUGUCAACAAAGAGACAACAGCUGUACGUGUCCAGCGAGGUCGGCGUGGCCCAGCUCGGCCUCCAGAGGUGUGAGUUAUACGGGGCUGACUGCGCCGGGUGCUGCCUGGCCAGAGACCCCUACUGCUCCUGGGAUGGACAGACCUGCUCCAGAUACUUCGCCAGCAGCAAGAGGCGGGCACGGAGACAGGAUAUAAAGUACGGAGACCCCUGGAGUCAGUGCCCAAUCACAGAGGACGAUUCAGAGUCUGUUGAGGUGAAGUCAGUGUACGGUGUGGAGGGGAACUCCACCUUCCUGGAGUGCAUUCCUCGGUCAACGCAGGCCCAGCUCAGGUGGACGGUGAAGCCCAACAAGGACAACCAGCAGCAAGCUUUCAGCAGAGAGCUCCCUCAGAGCAAUGACGACCGCUCCCUUCACAUGAAGCGAGGGUUGCUGAUUCAACGCCUGGAGCUGGCAGACGCAGGCAUCUACGCCUGCACCAGCCACGAGCACUCCUACAGUCAGGUCCUGGCCCGAUACCGCAUCCACAUCAUCCCCAACCACAGUCUCCAUCCAGCCCGCUACCAGCAGAACCCUCACAACCCCAACCAGCCCGGCCCUGUGAUCAUUGGGAAGAUUAACCCAGCAGCAGCGGGGGUCGCUGGGUUUCACAGCCAGGUGGGGACCCCUAAUGCACCACCUCCACUGCCAGGACAUAGGAACUCGUGGCUCUCCCAGAAUCCUCAGUUUUCCCUGAAGAGCUACAAAGACUUACAGCUGGUGGGCGGCAACGGUAUGAGCGUGGACGAGUACUGCGAGCAUCUGUGGUACCGCGAGAAACGCCGGCAGCAGAAACUCCGCACUCUGAAGCUGAAACAGGAAAGCAGGAAAGCUCGAGUGAGGAGGAACAACCCGCCAGAGAUUCCCCUCUAGUCACCAGGAGACCACAGAGACUGACAACAGAUCCUGUACAUGCAGCAGAAAAAGAAAGAAAGAAAUAAUGCUGGCUGGUAGAUUGAUGCCACCUCUAUGCCUUUAAAGACUGACAGAGAGUUAGUAUAUCCUCAUCCUAAAUAUAUUGACAUUUAGACAUUUAAAAAAUGGAAAUGGCAAUGUAUAAAAACUUUUGUUUCUGAAUUUAUGAUUAGCAACAUUCAUUAUUGUUUGGGACAUAGUUGGCUCCAAAAAUGAUGUGUUCCAAGUAUUAUGGGUUUGUGACACAUU